UGGGGGUCGAGUCGAGGCGGGGGUAAAGCGGGGGGUACAGCUGCGAGAGGAAAGCGGGGGGUACAGCAGCGGGCGAGCCGAAUCCGGAGGCCAAUCGGGGAAGCAACGAAGAGCAGGUUGUUGCUGUCGUCGUCGUCCUCGUCGUUGUUGUUGUUGCGAUGCGAGGAAGUCAUCAGCUCCAUUCCCGAGGAUCCGUGCCUGCUGUGGCCAUCGUCGGAGACAGAGAGAGAGCUCAAUAGAGCGAGGGAGCGAGCGAGAGUAGAGAGUACGGGGCGGUGAAUGCACUUUGGGCCUCGAGCACGGAGAUGGGCAGCAGCAGCCAUGGAGAGAUGUACUGGUGACGAUCGGUUGAUGGCACCUUACUAGUUUUGAAUCCCCCGUCCUUUUUUCGCGAGAAGCGCACCAGCAGCAUUUGUUCUAUCGCAGGACACGAUACGAUUUCCUUACCGAUAUUAAGUUAGUGAGCGAGCGGGCGGGCUUGGCUGGGGUCGGUGUGCUGUGGGGGUGGAUAUAUUUUGUGCGGCUUCGGCUUGAUUGAGAAUUCGGACUGUCAUCGUGACUCCUUGCAGGCCGAUCGGCGAGGGCGGCGGGCGAGCGAGCGAGCAAAUGGAAGAUGUCGCAGGGCAGGACGGCAGAUGCAACAGUGAUGAUCCAAAAGCAUAGCAUAGCGUAGGGUAGCAAAGGAAAGCGAAGCAACCGAGAGCAGGGCUGUGAAUUGUGCCCACCGCGCCUUUCACCUUCCUCAGAACAUCGGCAGCGGCGACGUAGUGAUUUAGCUCAAAAGUGGAGGACCGGGGUCAUACUCGACAUUGGAGUCUGCCACCAACAGGGGAGCAGUGGUCAGUCAGGGAAGCACGAUCAGAGGAUUUUGAUACCCCGUCGGAGCUGAAAUGAACGAACUCUGUGUUCAGUGAAGAUUUCAGGCUCUGCUGCUGUCCGUGGAUUGGAGCUUCUGAAGGAUUUCAAGGCUGCAGCUGGAGACGACGAGACCGAGAGCUCAUCUCGGGGAAUUUGGUAAGGGAGGUUAGAUAAGCUUGGAUGUUUCGGGGCGGCCGAAACCAAUGCAAGCAGUAGUUCAGUGCAGUGUUUCGAGGGGCGGAACAGGGCGUAUUUACGAGGUUGUGGACGUGCUCAGUUACAGGUUCGCUGAUGACCCGAGUGACAAUUCGCUUGUAGUUUGAGUCGAGGUCAGUUUGGAAGAAAUGAUUGCGACGGGAGUUAUCACGAGGAGGAGUCCAUGGGUUUCCUCUGUGAUGGUGGUGCUGGUCUUGGCAGCGGCCAGUGCUUGGAUUCCGACCUCGGAGGGUGAUUGUCUCCCGAGGCUAGGGUGCAGCAGGGCACUGGCUUACUACAAGCUCGUCAACGAUGACACUCUUCUAGCUCUGGCUGACCGCUUCAUGACAAAUGUUGCCGAGCUGCAGAAGUACAACGAUAUUCCUAAUCCCGAUAGCGUAGAAGCUGGCACGGUGCUUUUCUUUCCAUAUACGUGCGAAUGUAUCGACGACAGGUUGGGCCACGAGUUUCUGUACCAGGUUGCGCUCGAUGAUACCGUCGCUCAGAUUGCGCAGAUCAAAUAUCAGUUCCUGUCGAGGGAAGCGUGGAUUACUCAAGCCUCUAAAUUGAGUAGCGUUGGAACAAUCUACCCCGGCUUGACGGUGACAGUUCCAGUGAACUGCUCUUGUGGCGACCCCUCUGUCAGUCCGGAUUACGGUCUCUUUUUGACAUACCCGAUUCGCAGUGGCGACAACUUUACCGGAAUUGCGCAACAGUUUCAAGCUAAUGAGACACUUUUACAGCAGUACAAUCCAUCGAUAAAUUGGUCUAAUCUGUCACCCUCCACGGAUAUCAUCUUUAUUCCCCAAAGAGUGUUUGCCACUGGUGCAUACCCCGCUUUCAACUUCAGUGCCGACGUGAGUGAAGGUGGAAGCAAGACGAAUGCCGGACUCAUUGCGGGCGUUUCGGUCGGUGGUGCUCUUGCGCUUGUGCUUGCCGUGGUUCUUUUCUUCCUCUUUUGUGUUUACUGGCCACGGCAGAGGCAUUCAGAUCCGAGCAACAAGGCUGCAAUGGAAUCCUUACGCCUCGACGGCAGUCAAUCUGGUGACAGGAGAUCAGCAUUGCUAAAAUUCUCUCAAGAAGGAGCUGGUCAUUCACGGUCGAGCACUGGUAGCGGCAUUCCGGUUGGACCGAUUCCGUUGACAGAUUUUACCGUGGACAAAUCCGUUGAGUUUUCUUUUGAGGAGCUUGAAGCGGCAACCAACAAGUUCAGUGCAGCUAACAAGAUCGGAGAAGGUGGUUAUGGAGCUGUUUACUUCGCCAACCUGCGGGGCAUGAAGCUAGCUGUGAAGAGGAUGAAUCUUCAAGCGACUCGCGAGUUUCUUGCCGAACUUCAAGUGCUUACGCACGUGCAUCAUACUAAUCUGGUGCAAUUGAUUGGUUACUGUACUGUAGAUUCACUUUUUUUGAUUUACGAGUACGUGGACAACGGCACGCUGGACCGACACUUGCACGGAAAAAAUGAUUUGGCUCCUUUGUCGUGGUCUUCACGAGUGCAAAUAGCCCUGGAUGCCGCAAGAGGACUUGAAUACAUCCACGAGCACACAAAGCCGACGUAUAUCCACCGUGAUGUGAAGUCUAGUAACAUCCUUAUUGAUAAGCAGUUCCACGCGAAGGUGGCAGAUUUCGGCUUAACGAAAUUGACUGAAUCUGGAGUUGGAAGCUUUUCACUCACUGUACCAACAAGACUUGUUGGAACUUUUGGUUAUAUGUCCCCAGAGUAUGCACGAUUCGGUGACGUGUCACCCAAGGUCGAUGUGUAUUCCUUUGGAGUGGUACUGUUUGAGAUCAUUUCUGCGAAGGAAGCAAUCGUGCGCAUCUCAGGCACAUCAGCUGACGGAGCUGGGCAGCAUAAGGAGGAGCAAAGAGGUCUUGUGACUUUGUUUGAUGAGAUAGUUUCAGACCCUGACGGCAAGGAGAAGCUGAGGAGGCUUGUCGAUCCUGCCCUCGGUGACAAUUAUCCUCUGGAGUCUGCUUGGAAGAUGGCACAAUUAGCAGGAGCCUGCACUAAGGAGAAUCCAGAGCUAAGACCCAGCAUGCGAACUGCUGUAGUAGCCCUAAUGACUCUAUCAUCUACGACCCAAGACUGGGAGAUGCAUGCUUACGGGAGUGAGAGGAUAACCCCAGGGCUAAUAUCUGGUCGAUAGAAUUCUUCCUCCCAAAUCCGGUUCCUCUUUCACCUUCUAUUCUUUGUUUUUGCCUGUCUCCCGUUUUUCAUAGAAUCCUUUCAGUUAUUAGGAACAGAAGGGCGCAUGUCCUAGUGUAAGAUAGAAGCUCUCAUUUGUCUGUCCACAAAGUUUCAGUCAAAGCUAGUAUCCGGGAUACAGGAGACAAGGGAGGGCCAGUAAUUUAUUUCCAUGGAGGUCUAGGUAAUCUGUCCUAGCCUUCUUCAAGGCUCCUCACAACUCUAAUGUGUGACUCAAGAAAAAGGGAUGGGCCUGCGCCUUUAUGUGGGGUAGACUGCAUGAUUAUGGAACCAUGCUUACAGCAGAUCAACCGCUUUAGGUAGUGGAUAAUUUCCACUAAGCUCGUGACGAUCACUAAUUGUAACUAUAGAGAGGUGAGCUGCGAAGUUCGUCUAACGUCUUCACAUUCAACCAUCAAGUCAGGAAAUCUCUUCAAGAAUUUAACUCAUAAUAGUCGGAUUCAGGACAACGAAUAGAAUGGGACUGCCUUUCAAAACCUGAAAUCUACUGUUGUAUAGAGAUAACAGAACCAUAUUUGGAUGUUUCUUAGUAUCGAUCCUUGAAUUGCGGAUCGAUCGGGAACAAUGCGUCCUACUCUUUACCCAAGGUGCACAUGUGCACCCUGGAUGAACUUGUCAUACAAACACUCGCAAAUUGUGAUCUCAAUGUCUUUCUCUCCCUUCUCUCAAAUAUCACAUUGCUGUCCUUAAAUCCGUCAUGGUUGAAAAAGAUUUAUGA